AUGGGGCAAUCUAUGGGUGUGGAUGAGAGGAUGGGGCAAUCUAUGGGUGUUGAUGAGAGGAUGGGGCAAUCUAUGGGUGUGGAUGAGUGGAUGGGGCAAUCUAUGGGUGUGGAUGAGAGGAUGGGGCAAUCUAUGGGUGUGGAUGAGAGGAUGGGACAAUCUAUGGGUGUGGAUGAGAGGAUGGGGCAAUCUAUGGGUGUGGAUGAGAGAAUGGGGCAAUCUAUGGGUGUUGAUGAGAGGAUGGGGCAAUCUAUGGGUAUGGAUGAGAGAAUGGAGCAAUCUAUGGGUGUGGAUGAGAGAAUGGGGCAAUCUAUGGGUGUGGAUGAGAGAAUGGGGCAAUUUAUGGGUGUGGAUGAGAGGAUGGGGCAAUCUAUGGGUGUUGAUGAGAGAAUGGGGCAAUCUAUGGGUGUUGAUGAGAGGAUGGGGCAAUUCUUGGGUGUGGACGAGAGGAUGGGGCAAUUCAUGUUUGUUGAUGAGAGGAUGGGGCAAUCUAUGGGUGUGGAUGAGAGAAUGGGGCAAUCUAUGGGUGUGGAUGAGAAGAUGGGGCAAUCUAUGGGUGUUGAUGAGAGGAUGGUUCAAUAUAUGGGUGUGGAUGAGUGGAUGGGGCAAUCUAUGGGUGUGGAUGAGAGGAUGGGGCAAUCUAUGGGUGUGGAUGAGAGGAUGGGACAAUCUAUGGGUGUGGAUGAGAGGAUGGGGCAAUCUAUGGGUGUGGAUGAGAGAAUGGGGCAAUCUAUGGGUGUUGAUGAGAGGAUGGGGCUAUCUAUGGGUGUGGAUGAGAGAAUGGAGCAAUCUAUGGGUGUGGAUGAGAGAAUGGGGCAAUCUAUGGGUGUGGAUGAGAGAAUGGGGCAAUUUAUGGGUGUGGAUGAGAGGAUGGGGCAAUCUAUGGGUGUUGAUGAGAGAAUGGGGCAAUCUAUGGGUGUGGAUGAGAGGAUGGGUCAAUCUAUGGGUGUGGAUGAGAGGAUGGGGCAAUCUAUGGGUGUGUAUGAGUGGAUGGGGCAAUCUAUGGGUGUGGAUGAGAGAAAGGGGCAAUCUAUGGGUGUGGAUGAGAGGAUGGGGCAAUCUAUGGGUGUGAACGAGAGGAUGGGGCAAUUCAUGUUUGUGGAUGAGAGUAUGGGGCAAUCUAUGGGUGUGGACGAGAGGAUGAGGCUAACUAUAGGUGUGGAUGAGAGGCUGGGGCAAUCUAGGGGUGUGAAUGAGAGGAUGGGGCAGUCUAUGGAUAUGGACGAGAGGAUGGGGCAAUUAAUGGGUGUGGAUGAGAGGAUGGGGCAGUCUAUGGAUAUGGACGAGAGGAUGGGGCAAUCUAUGGGUGUGGAUGAGAGGAUGGGGCAGUCUAUGGAUAUGGACGAGAGGAUGGGGCAAUCUAUGGGUGUGCAUGAGAGGAUGGGACAAUCUAUUGGUGUGAAUGAGAGGAUGGGGCAGUCUAUGGAUAUGGACGAGAGGAUGGGGCAAUCUAUGGGUGUGGAUGAGAGGAUGGGGCAGUCUAUGGAUAUGGACGAGAGGAUGGGGCAAUCUAUGGGUGUGGAUGAGAGGAUGGGACAAUCUAUGGGUGUGAAUGAGAGGAUGGGGCAGUCUAUGGAUAUAGACGAGAGGAUGGGGCAAUCUAUGGGUGUGGAUGAGAGGAUGGGACAAUCUAUGGGUGUGGAUGAGAGGAUGUGGCAAUUUAUGGGUGUUGCUGAUAGGAUGGGGCAAUUCAUGUUUGUGGAUGAGAGGUUGGGGCAAUCUAUGGGUGUGGAUGAGAGGAUGAGGCAAUCUAUGGAAGUGGACGAGAGGAUGGGGCAAUCUAUGGGUGUCGAUGAGAGGAUGGGGCAAUUAAUGAGUGUGGAUGAAAGGACGAGGCAAUCUAUGAAUUUGGACGAGAGGAUGGGGCAAUCUAUGGAUGUGGUCGAGAGGAUUGGGCAAUCUAUGGGUGUGGAUGAGAGGAUGAGGCAAUCUAUGGGUGUGGAUGAAAGGUCUUUCCAAUUCAUGUGUGUGGAUGAGAGGAUGAGGCAAUCUAUGGGUGUGGACGAGAGGUUGGGGCAAUUCAUGGGUGUGGAUGAGAGGAUGAGGCAAUCUAUGGAUUUGGACGAGAUGAUGGGGCAAUUCAUGGGUGUGUAUGAGGAUGAGGCAAUUUAUGGAUGUGGAUGA